UGAGCUAGGCUGAAAUAAAUAAAAAAAGGAGAAUUGGGGCCAGCUAAGCGGAUAAAUCAAAGUUAUUUGAAUACGCAUUCACCAAAAGUAUUUUUCAUUUCACGUCUGCGUUAUCCGAUUACAGAUCAAGGUAUUUAGGCGAAGUAAAAAUUUGUAGCCUGAAAAAAUUGAUUUGAUUUGGUUCACAAAGGUUUUUGAAACUCGGUACCUAAAGGUUUCUCAAUUCUAAGGAUAAAAAGGUGUUCUACUUGAAAAAAUAGAGCAUUUGCUAUCUGUGCAUAUCAAGAAACGGAACGUUAUUCUUUGUUCAAGUGAAUACAUAUAAACAGUAGUGAUCCAGCAUGCCUGCUAUUACUGAGAAGAACCUUUUCACUAGUGAGUCGUUGCGUACGACGGAAUUACUUGGCCACGUUAAUGCAAUCAAUUCUGUGUCAACGUGGUCUUCGUCUGACCAUUCUCGUCAGGCGGUUGAUGAGGCGUUCAAACGGAUGAUCACUGAACUUGAGCAGACAUCUCAUGCUCAGGGAGAACCUCUUGAUGCUGAUGCUUUUUUUGUAGCAGACUUGCAUGCCGUUUACCGUCAACUCGUUCGUUGGCACACAAAGCUUCCGAGAGUUCAACCAUUUUACGCUGUGAAGUGUAAUCCUGAUCCUCACGUGUUAGCGUUAUUGAAUAAGUUCGGUACUGGCUUUGACUGCGCUUCCAAGGGGGAAAUCGAGCAAGUAUUAAACAUGGGCGUUCCUUCGGAAAAAAUCGUAUAUGCUAAUCCUUGUAAAGCGAUUACUUACAUACGUUACUCGGCUUCAAAGGGCAUUGAUUUGAUGACUUUUGACAACGCCGAUGAACUUUACAAGGUUAAACAGCAUCAUCCAAAUGCUCGUUUAUUGCUUCGUAUUUCUACUGAUGAUUCAGGAAGUCUUUGCCGCUUAAGUUUGAAAUUUGGUGCUUCUCUGGAGGACACUGGUUCUCUACUUGAUUUGGCCAAGUCGUUGGAUUUGAAUGUUGUAGGUGUCAGUUUUCAUGUAGGCUCCGGUAGCUAUGACUCAUCGGCGUUCUUGGACGCCAUUCGCCGGUCGCGAUUUGUUUUCGAUCAAGGUCUCGAUCGAGGCUUUAACUUUGAUCUCCUCGAUAUUGGCGGUGGCUUUUCCAGCGAAACCUUUGACGCAGUUGCCGAUUUAGUGCGACCCGCUUUAGAUACCUACUUUGAACCAUCCGUUCGAAUCAUCUCUGAACCCGGUCGAUUUUUUGUUGCUAACGCCUUUACGUUGGCCGUGAAUGUGAUUGCUAAGCGUAAACUCGCUGAUGAAGAAAAGGUUAUGUAUUAUGUCAACGAUGGUGUUUAUGGAAGCUUGAAUUGCAUCUUGUUUGAUCACCAGCAUCCCGUUGCUAGAGUACUAAAAAAAGGAAGUCAAUAUCUUUACAAUACUCAUUUGAGCACUGGUAACCACCAUUGCUCCAUAUGGGGACCUACAUGUGAUUCGUUGGAUGCUAUUGCUUCUGACGCGCGCUUACCCUAUGAACUAAAUGUUGGUGACUGGAUUUAUUUCGACAACGCUGGUGCCUAUACCGUAGCUGCCGCUAGUUGUUUUAACGGUUUCAAGACCAGUCGUAUUGUUUAUCUUGAUACUGAUAUCCUUGAUUGAAGUACCUUCUGCUUCAUUAUGCUUAUGACAUUGACUGUUUUUAAUUAGUAUUAUGUUUCUUUAGCCUCCUCCUCUCUUUAUUUGAACACAAUCAUUCUAGGAUUAAUUUACGGAAAUAAUAUUUUCUGAAAGAGGAGUUAACUGUCUUAAAUUGAGAUGCUAUCGUUUUAAAAAAGUACUUCUUACUAUUAAAAAUAUGAGUAACUCUUUAUAUAUCUUUGUAUGUACUACAG